AUGAAAUCGCAAAAUACAGAGAAAGUGCGCAUCUCUUCUAAAGUGCUUAAUUCUAACAUGAAAAGACCUAGGAAGAAACCCUUGAAACCACAACGGGGCUGUGUGCCAUCUCUUUAUGGUUAUGCGUCGUAUCGGAAAGUAUGGUGUCAUUUGAGAAAACGUGAACAAUUAUGUGAUGGCAUAAUACGAACAGUUGAUGGAGAAGUAAUCGGCGUACACAGAGCUUUGUUAUCCGCAAUAAGUCCAUAUUUUAAGGCAGUAUUUACAAAUAUUCUUCAAGGUGGUCGACCAGAAAGAACCGAAGUAACUGUAGACAUUUCCAAAAAUAUCCUUGAAACUAUAUUGGAUUAUGCUUACACAGGCCAUUGUCGCGUAUCUUCUGCUAAUGUUGAGGACCUUUUAUCUGCAGCAGAUAGAUAUGAAGUGUUAGGUGUGGUUGAUAGAUGCUGUUAUUUUCUCAGAUGUGCGAUGAAUUCAAAGAACUGUCUUGGUAUUUCAAAAUUUGCUCGUCUUUUCUGUUGUACGGAUCUAAAAAAUGAUGCUGAGAAAUAUAUUUUGGAAAAAUUUCAUGAUGUUCGGCAAGAAAGUUUAGAGUUUUAUGAAUUAACGGCAUACGAACUCCGAAACAUCUUGGAGAAUGAUAAUCUCAAUGUGAGAAGUGAAGAAGCCGUUUUCGAAGCUGUGGCUGCAUGGGUUUCCUGGAACGCUCCUGAAAGGAAAGUCUUUUUGCCUCAACUGAUAUCAUGUCCGCGUUACGGGCUAAUGAACGAACAUUAUUUCUGGAAAGUGGUGCAGCAAUAUCCACGUGUUACGGAAAGUUCGGUGAGUUGA